AGCUAUGAAAAUGUUUUUUCCAGUGAAAUAAAUAAAAAGGAAGAUAUAAAUGGAAAUAAAAAGGAAGAUAUAAAUGAAGAUAUAAAUGAAGAUAUAAAUGAAGAUAUAAAUGAAGAUAUAAAUGAAGAUAUAAAUGAAAAUAAAAAUGAAGAUAAUAUUAAAGCCUACAUUAGUAAUAUAAAUAAUCAUACUCAUAAUAAUAGUAAUAAUAAUAAUAAAAGAACGAGCGUGCAAAUAUCACGCAAUAACAAAUACGAAAUAAAAAAUAAAACAAUAAAAAGUAGUACAGUAAAUCCAAAAAUAAAACAAGAAACUACUUCAAAAAGUAAUAUAUCCUCUUUUUUAUUAUUGAAUGAAAAAAAAAAAAAAAUAAAUAAUUUUUUUCAUCAUACAAAUAAUGAAAUAAAAUCAGCAAGUCAUAACAACAUCUUGAUCAAAAAUAAACAAAUACAAAAAAAAAAAAAUAACACAAUAAAUAGCAUAACACAAAAUAAUAAUAAUAUUAAUCAUAUGGAUGAAAAAAAAAAAAAAGAAAAAUUAGCUAUUCUUAAAAUAAAUGAAGAUAUGGUUAAUAAAAAUUAUAAUGAUACAUAUAAUAAAGAGGAGGAAAAUAUAAAACAAGUGGAAAAUAAAACAAUACAAAAUAAUGAAAAAAAAAAAGAAAAUGAUAUUUAUAUAUAUAAUUCAAAAAAUAUAUAUAUAGAUAAAAAUAAUGUUCUUUCAUAUAAUAAUAAUAAUAAAAGAAAAACAAAUGAAGAUAUGAAUUCUUUACAUAUGAAAAUAAAAACAAAAGAUAAUUAUUUUAAAAAAAGUAAUUAUAUAGGAGAAGAAAAAAAAAAUAUAUCAUCAAUAAUUAAUAAUACCUCAAAUUUUUAUUUAAAUAAACAUAAUAUAAAUAAUAAUAAUAUAAAUAAUAAUAUAAAUAAUAUAAAUAAUAUAAAUAAUAAUAAUAAUAUAAAUAAUAUAAAUAAUAAUAAUAAUA